GUGUUAAACACACGGCGCAGUCUGCAGAUGUCGGAGGAGCUUGAGCUGACACACAUCUCGAAAACACUUCAGAAAUCUUCUGCUUCAGCUCGGGAUGGACUCCGUUUGCAGUAAACCGGAAAAGAAAAGGCAUAUCCAGAGAAUAAGGAGUCCCUCAUGGUACCAUGCUGCCUAUCGGCCAAGGUUUGAGGGGAGGAACUUUCGCUCUCGUUUCAGGAUCUUCAGGGAGGAGCGAGUGUUCCAGCGGCCGCAGUGCAGGAGUCUGCAUCUGAAACCCAGAGCUGCACACACACACACCACAGACGCUCUUGUGCCAUCAUCUGGAGAAAGAUCAUCACUCUCAUUCACAGUCUUACAGAAGGUCAAGAGAGAUUCUGCCUCAUCUGUGACCCGAAAAAGAGCCAUCAAGAAGAAACAAGAGCAGAUCGAGGAGAUCUAUCGACAGGACUGUGAUACCUUUGGCAUGGUCGUGAAGAUGUUGGUGGAAAAGGAUCCAUCAUUGGAGAAGUCGAUCCAGCUGUCUUUGCGUGAAAACCUGCGGGACAUCGGCACUCGCUGCAUCCAGGCCAUGGAGCUGUUCAUCCAGGAGUAUGAUUCCCGAGAGCGAGGCGCUUCGUCUGCUUCCAGACAGCCUUCCAUCAGCUGAAGACUGAGCCCACAUUCACAUUAGUGCUGUACAGUCCGCUUAAAGGUUUAUCACACCUGUAACGAUAUCAGUGUUUCUGAAAAGGGUCUGAAGUGCUGCUCUUGAUGUUACUUGGCUGUCAAUAAGAUUCAUCACAUUUUUGUAUUCAAAGGUUUUUCAUUUAUCUGUACGAGUCGGCUUUUAGAAUAAUUGCGCCAUUAAUCCCAUAGUCAAGAUAUAUUAAGAUAUAUAUACACACAAACACACAAGUAUAAAUGAAACAGACAUAUUUGCAUUUUAUGUUUUCUAGCUGUUAUUAAUUGCAAACUGUAGCUAGGAGACCUGUAGCUUGUUGAGAAACAAGCUUAAAACAUUGGUCAGAAAGGAAAGUAAGCUUAAAAACACUUCAUAAUGUGAAAUGUUAGUUCAGUAUCAAUGGUGCACUAAGCAAUAUUUGAAAUAUGUUUUUAACCACAUUGUGGCAUGUCGGUUAAUAAUAGCACAGGUGUCGGGCCUGUUGGUUUUGUUUUGGUGCUUUCAAAUAUUAACAUUGUUUGGCAAAAUAUGUUUAGUGCACCUUAAAGCUCGUUGUUGAGAUGCUGCCAUUUUAAUGUUCUUAUAAACAAUUGUUUCUGUCUGCUUGCAUUAUUAAUUAAAAACAUUGUCUUCCACUAUAACCUG